AUGCGCCGCCUCCUCCUCGCGACCCUCGCCCUGGCCUCCGCCGUCCCCACGGCACACGCCUCCAACGAGUGGCUCGAGCCCGGGACGGCCGUGCUCGUCACGGUGUCCCACGGCUUCGAGGACAUGUUUCGCAACUGGUGGUACUGGUACGCGAAGCUCGACUUGAACAUGGAGGUGCUCCUGCUCGCGGAGGACGAGCCGACGCGGAGCGCCUUCGCCGCGUCGCGUAACUGGACCGUGAUCACGACGACGAUGGGCGCGCUGCCGACGCAGGACCACACGUACGAGACGCCGAACUACAAGAAGCUCGUCUCGCGGCGGCCGCACAACAUCCUGCGCGGCCUCGACAAGUACCCGCGCCUCAUCUACACCGACGUCGACACCGUCUGGCUGUCCGACCCGCGGCCCCACUUCGCCGCGGGCGCCUACGACUUCUGGGGCCAGCUCGACGACGGCACGCCUCAGUCGCCCUACUACUGCACGGGGUUCCUCGCGUUCAAGAACACGGCGCCGACGCGCGCGCUGCUCUCGAAGUGGGCCGUCGCCCUCGACGCGAAGCCGAACCUCAACCAGCCCCUCUUCAACGACCUGCUCAAGCGCGAGCCCGCGAAGCACUGCCCCCUAUCGAAGGCCUUGUUCCCCUCGGGGAACCUCUACUUCGACGGGAAGAAGCGCGACGGCGUCGUCGUCGUCCACAACAACUUUGUCGUGGGCAAGGCCAAGAAGAUCGCGCGCUUCAAGCAGGUCGGCUUCUGGGCCGUCUUCGCCGGGACCACCGGCGUCGAGUCUCUCACGGCCGGGGCCGUGGGCGAGAAGAGUUCGGACGCAGCCCCGGAGGCGUCGGCGCCGCUCUUCGCGGCGGCGGGCCCCGGCGACGCCGAGGCGCCGGAGACCGUCGCGCUCUUCGUCGGCGGCGCCGUGCGGGGCGCGUGCCCCCUGGCCGCGGCUCGCGCGCUCGCGGCGGCGGACGCGGCCAAGGCGGCGCGCGACGCCUUCGCGCCGCCGGCCGCGGGCGAGCUCCCCGCGGCCGCGGUCCCCCCGCCGCCGAGCGCCGGGCGCGUCCUGCGCGCGACGGGCGCCGCGGGCGCCGACGACGUCUUCGACGCGUCGACGGAGUCCGAGGGCUCGUCCGCGGGCGACGAGGGCAGCGACGCCGAAGACCCCGUCGUCUUCGCGGGCCAGGUCUUCUCGCGCAAGUUCCGCGACGACGCCGGCGGCUCGGACGUCUACGAGGGCGUCGUCGUCGACCGCGCCACGUACGCCGCCGACGGCUACGAGGAGGUGCUGUCCACGCGGCGCCUCGCGGCCCUCGUCGCCCGGCCGCCCGUCGCGGCGUCGCGGCCGCGGCGGCCGCCGUCGGACGGCGCCAGGGGCGUCAUCCUCUCGUUCGGCGAGGGCGGCUGGUUCUCCGCUGUGUUCUCCGUGCGCCACGACGGCGCGGCGGCGAACGCGACCAAGGCCUACCGGCGCCACCAGCUCGAGGCGACGGCGCCCGGCGGUUUGCUCGAGCCCGGCGCGCGCGUCCGCGUCGUGAGCCGGUCCGCGUCCGUCAAGGGCCACUUCUCGGCCAAAAAACGCGCGGCGCCGCGGCGCGACGCCGUGGGCGUCGUCGUCGCCGUCGACGACGACGGCCACUUCCUCGUGGCCAACGGCGCGGGCGGUCUCCUCGGCGACGGCGAGGGCUACUACCACGAGGACAGCCUCGAGUUCGCCGACGGCUUCGACGACGGCGACGAGCUCUACGUCGGCGCGACGGUCCGCGUGCUCGGCCCCGCCGUCGCGCUCGUCGACGAGUACGCGCCGCGGCCGAAGAAGAAGGUCCGCGCGGCGCCCAAGUACCGGCCGCCGCCCGGCGAGUACCUCGGCCACUACGCGGCGCCCGCGCCCGGCGGCGCGCGGCCGCCGCCGCGGGCGCCCGCGCCGCGGCGGCCCAAGCUCGUCGUGCCCUGCCAGCUCUGCCACGACUCCCAGAUCCCGGCGAACGUGACCUUCGCCCACUGCGACCACGCCGUCCACGAGACCUGCCUCGCGACCGUCGGCGCGAUCACGUGGGACGACCGCGGCCGGUCCGUCGCCGCCAAGUGCCCCGUCUGCCACGCGGCCGAGUUCGCCGUCGACGUCGACCAGCCCAUGCACUACGCGCUCCGGCCCCAGGCCGCCGCCGCGCCCGUGGGCCUCGGCAAGACGAAGCACCGCCGCAACCACCACGCGCAGAGCAAGGUGCCCCAGGACGCGAACGGCUUCUACCCGUGCCUCCGCAAGUGCGGCCGCGUCUUCGGCCACGCGCCCGCCGCCAUCGCCCACACCAAGACCUGCAAGUACGAGGGCGCGCCCCUCGUCGCCGCGGACUGCCCGCCGCGCCGCCAGAGCCAGCGCGCGCGCGCGCCGUCGCCGCCGCACCCGCCGCCGCCGGCCGCCGCGGCGACGCCGCCCUACAACCCGCGCGUCCGCGUGCCCCGGCCGCCGUCCAUGCGCGUGUCGCCGCGCGCGGACCCGCCGCCCCUCGGGCCCGCGGCCGCGGAGGUUCCGGCGCCGGCCGCGGCCCUCGCGCCGCUCGGCCCCGCGCCGUCGACGCCCGCGCCGGCGGACGACUCCGACUCGGACGACGACAUGCUGAUCAUCGCCGCGAGCGCCUGA